ACGGUUGCUGCUGUUAGCCGCACAUCGCGAACGUCAGAAGUACCGCGAGGAUGGGUACCAGGGACGACGAAUACGAUUAUCUGUUUAAAGUGGUUCUGAUCGGAGACUCCGGUGUGGGGAAGAGUAAUCUCUUGUCCAGAUUCACACGCAAUGAGUUUAACCUGGAGAGUAAGAGCACCAUCGGGGUGGAAUUUGCUACAAGAAGCAUCCAGGUGGAUGGCAAAACCAUUAAAGCUCAGAUCUGGGACACAGCUGGACAGGAGCGAUACCGGGCCAUCACUUCAGCGUAUUACCGAGGAGCUGUGGGGGCACUGCUGGUGUAUGACAUUGCCAAGCACUUGACCUAUGAGAAUGUGGAACGAUGGCUAAAGGAAUUAAGGGACCACGCAGACAAUAAAAUAGUUAUCAUGUUGGUGGGCAACAAGAGUGACCUGCGACACUUGAGGGCUGUACCAACUGAUGAAGCCCGUGCAUUUGCAGAAAAGAAUGGGUUGUCCUUUAUAGAAACCUCUGCACUGGAUUCAACAAAUGUGGAAGCUGCUUUCCAGACUAUACUCACAGAGAUCUACCGCAUUGUGUCCCAGACGCAGAUGUCAGACAGACGUGAGAAUGACAUGUCCCCAAGUAACAAUGUGGUCCCCAUCCACGUGCCCCCCACCACUGAAAAUAAACCAAAGAUGCAAUGCUGUCAGAACAUCUAAUGGCUGCUGCCUGCGCUCUGCCGGCCUCUGUAUAUUCCCACGUCCUGCCCUGGACUCUUUUGGAAUUCUUUUUUUUUGUUUUUUUUUUGUUAAUAUAUAUAUAUUUUUGUUUUGUGUGUACGUGUUUAAGAACUUUAAUUUUACUAUUCCAUCUGGAUUUUUACUUGUCUUAAAUUCUUAUGAUUUUCUGUAUUAAAGAAAUGAUCUCUUUCUCACCCUCUUUCACUGAGCCUGAUUGUGCCCGGCCGCCUUUUCUAUCUCUUACUCCCCCGCCCAUCUUUCUGCCUCUGAAGCCAAUGAUUCCGUGAUUCCAAGCCUAGCCCUCCCAUUCACUCACACGUGUAUAAAAUAUGAAAUAAAAGCAUGUUGCCUUCUGGAGGCCUUCUCUCCUCA